UUAAAAAUGUAAAACUUCACAGAAUUGAGAAUCUUUCAUAUUCUCAAAGUGGGUAUGUAACUGAGCGGAUCGCACCCAAAUAUCUCUCAAAGAAAAUCUGAAACCCAAGAAAGAAAAACAUCAGCCAAAAUCGGACUGGGUGUUCCUGAACUAAAAUUUUGGGGAUGGCGACGAGUGACGGCUCAGUCCUCGCAGCUGGGAAGCACGACCCCGAACCGUCAACGUCCAUGGCUGAAGAUAGUGAUGAUUCAAAUGAAGAGUCUGGGAAAGCCGGGGGAUUGGACCAUGCAGAGAUGGGAAGUGGGAAGGCUGCUGGCUCUAAAUCAAAAGACAAAAUAGGACACAGGAGAGUGGACAAAACAGGAGCUGUAACAUAUAAAAAGAGGUCCACUUCAGAGCUGAUGGCAGCUAUACAACUAGGCAUCGGUCAGAGUGUUGGAGGGCUGUCCUCAAAACCAGAAAGAGAUCUCCUCAUGCAGGAUUUUGCAGUCAUUGAAAGUGUGUUUUUUCCAUCAGAGGGAAGUAACCUGACCCCGGCUCAUCACUGUAGUGACUUUCGUUUUAAGACCUAUGCUCCCAUUGCGUUUCGCUAUUUUCGGGAAUUAUUCUCUAUCCAAACAGAUGAUUUUCUGCUUUCGCUGUGUGACCAACCAAUGAAAGAGCUGUCCAACCCUGGUGCGAGUGGCAGCAUCUUCUACUUAAGUGAAGAUGAUGAAUUCAUCAUAAAAACAGUACAACACAAAGAGGCAGACUUUUUGCAGAAACUACUGCCUGGCUACUACAUGAAUUUGAACCAAAAUCCUAGAACAUUGCUUCCGAAAUUCUAUGGAUUCUAUUGCUACCAGUGUGGAGGCAAAAAUAUUCGAUUUGUUGUCAUGAAUAAUCUUCUACCUUCUUCCGUCAAACUACAUGAGAAGUAUGAUUUGAAAGGAAGUACAUAUAAACGAAAAGCCUCAAAAGCUGAGAGAAAAAAGUCCAGUCCAACAUUAAAAGACCUGGAUUUCCUGAACAAUAAUCCAGAGGGAAUCCUGCUGGAGAAGGAUAAAUAUGAUGCUCUCAUUAAAACCAUACAAAGAGAUUGCAGGGUGCUAGAAAGUUUCAAGAUCAUGGACUACAGCAUGUUGCUUGGCAUUUACAACAUAGAUAUUGCAGCUCAGGAGAGGAAGAAACAGAGGCCGUCAUUCAGCACGGCAGCUAAUCCUGAUGUGUCGGCAAUGUCCGACUACCCCCUCCAAACAACCCUAUCGCCAGACCAGGGACAAGAAUCAGGUGGUCGCACGUCUCGAGCAGGUUUAGCUCCACAGAGAACUAAAUCCAUAAAGACCCGAGUCGCCCAAUACACAACUCCAAUGGAGUCCAUCACAGCUAAAUCAACAGAGUCAGAUGAGGAAGAUCAAGAGGAGGAUGAAGAAAUUCCGCCUGGAGGCAUUCCUGCCAAGAACAGCAAAGGGGAGCGACUCAUGCUUUACCUGGGAGUGAUUGAUAUACUACAGAGCUACCGACUAAAGAAAAAGAUUGAGCAUACCAUGAAAUCUAUUGUUAUUGAUGCAGACAGUAUAUCAGUCCACAGACCAAGUUACUACUCCCAUAGAUUCCAAGAUUUUAUGUCAACAAAAGUCUUCAGAAAAAUUCCAACUCAUCUACGCCAGAAAUGGGCUUUGAAACACUCUCCUUCCAAGCGCAAGACAAAUGUAGGCAAACGAAUGAACACAGUGUCUGAAUCCGAAAUCCUACCUGAAUCUUCAAGGUCAGAAGCAAGGACACGGUCAAUUAGCUUCCCAGAUGAAGAUGAUCAACCAACAGGAAGAAGAGGAGGCAGGCCAGAUCUUCUUCCAGAAAAUUCGACGCCACCGCCUACAUUUGCGGAGGCCAUAGCCUCCAAAUCUGAUACUUCUCCAAGAGGUCAGGACAUUAAAAUGUCAAGUCGGAUCCCUGGAGCACUAGGAUCAACAUUCCAGACCAAUCCAGCUGACACCACUUAUCCAGUCUCCCCAAAAAUGUCAAGUCUCCGGGGAUCUCCACCUCUGAGUAUUUCAGAAUCGACCCCUACACACACGGAGUACACGGAAGGCACUCCCAGCUACACCCCCUCCUCACCCAGCUGUUACAGUGAUAUUGAACCAGCAUUUCAAGCUGAAUUGGACAAGGAACAUCUAACUUCAGCGACUGGGACGUCUAUCUCAGGAUUAACAAUUUCAAAUGUCUCUAACACAAGUCAAAACACUGAUAGUGCUUCACUGACUAAAACAGUGAUCAGAAUCCCUGAUAAUGACAAACAUUCAAGUGUUGAGGAUCACGGGGGCAAACAUUCAAGUGAACAAGAUAUAAAACAUUCAGGUGAAAAGGAUCAAGCAUCCUCUGCACCUGACAUUCCAUUGACUUCCACAAACAGAGAGGAGGAUCCAGGAUCAACAGGGGUGGAUCUAGCAGAAAGUUCUUCAAAAGAAAGCAGUGCUGUAGAAAUGUUAAAUAAAGCUGUCUUGGAGACACACCUCUGAAGAAGUUUGAAAAACAGAUCAUCAAAUCAGUUAUCUAGGGCAAUGCUCUGCCAAAUAAGGACAUAUAGGCAAUGUAAAUGCUACUGACUAGAAAACAUGGACCCAGGGCAAUAGUUCAUGAUAUUGCCCUAGAGAGAGGGAAAUAUGGACCCAGGGCAAUAUUUCAUGAUAUUGCCCAAGAGAGAGGGAAAUAUGGACCCAGGGCAAUAGUUCAUGAUAUUGCCCUAAAGAGAGGGCACUUAGAUAUAUCAUCUACUGACUCAUAACUAUUUCAUAUGUUUGUCCUUUUCAUGGUGCUUGAAUUCCUUCUUGUUUUUCUUUCUCUCUAAAACACUUUUCUAAGAAGGAUUUGAGGUUUUCUUUCAGAUAUAUAUAAAUUAUUCAUUUUCUUUUCACUUUGUAACACAGAAACAACAGAAAAUAUGUUAACAAGAUUUUCCUUGCCAUUAUUGCACAUGUAGAACAAUGGUUUCUGUUUGUUUUAAUAUAUUACAAAUUCAAAAUCUAUCACAUGAUGAUGUGGAAUCGCAGUUGCAAAGAAAACAAGACAUUUCUCUAAAAAAGUGGAAUUCUUGGAUUUGCUUCUUUGGUCAAUAAAUUUUCUGCAAUUGCCAUAAAGUUUGUGAGAAAGAAAUCUAGACACAAUUUCAAAGUCUGAUCAUGCAUCUGUAUGUAUUUAUUUUUAUAGUUCAGAGGUCAGAGUUCAUCUAGAGGUAACAUUAAACAAUUGCAUCUCACAUCAUGUGUACUAAUUUAGGUACAGUUUUAUGUACCAAUAUUUACAACAGAUUUCAAAAAAAGAAUAUGUUCCCCAUUUUUGUAAAUUAUAUUUUGCAAAAAAUAAAUUUUAUAUUUAUGCUCUUUUGUAAGAUAGGUCCUUGUAAUGUUGCUGAAUCUAAAUUUUAAAUAAUGGAAUUGAAUAGACGUAAGUAUGGAAACAGUUGUUCACCAUCCAGGGAGAAAAGUGUUAAUUUUACGAUACUUAAUCUAUUGUACAGGUUGAGUGUCACAUUUUUCACUGAAUGGAAGAUCAUGGAUAUAUUUGACACGUUUUUCCCCUACAAUUUUUGUAAAAAUAUCAUUUGAAGAGCAUUGAACAAAAUAUUCAUACAUCGUUGGUUAGAAGAACAAUAAAAACCUGAUUCUUGUAACAAUUCAUAGAAUAUGAGGUUUUACUUUAUAAAGUACUAGCACAUUUGACAGACAUUUUUUUUACAUACAAAUAUAGUAAUGGCUACAAAGUGCUCUUUGAAUAAGCUGGCAUUGAUAAAAUAUAAUACAAUUUUUAAAUUUUUGAUUCAAAUCAUCUUCCAUAUCUCCAUUUGUGAAUCAUCAGAGAAAAAAUGUUAAGUAACAUAAUUGUACUGGUACAUUUUAUAGUUUUAUUGUGGUCGAUCCAUUCUUUUAGUAUAAGCUACUGUCUUGGUGUAGAAUAUUGCAUACAAAUGUAAUUACUGCUCAUAUUUAAGGGAUAAGAUAAUACUUUUUUUUUUUCCUGUGGAAAAAGGGACAAAGUGAUGAAUGGCUUUUGUUGAUGCUCUUGAUAUGUAAAUUGUUUCUUGCAAAACACUGUCGUUACAAAGAGCAGUGCUAUUAAAUAUAGCUUAAAGCAGAUUCCAAAUGUUGCUGAAGUAUUUUUCACCUAAUGUACACAUUGAUAUGAAGUUAAUUUUUUUUUUAUAUUAAAAAAAAGUUUGAGGUAUGUUAAUAUACUAUUAUGGCUGCAUUGACCAUGUUAACAUUGCCUAUAACAUUUUUUUAUGCAUAAGCUGAAAAUCUUUCUUUUGACAAACUUUUACAUAGGAACAUUAUAAAUUAUCCUACUAUGCCGAAGAAUUAAAUACCGGGUAUUUCAUUUCGAAAAUGGGAUAUGCAAUGAAAUGAGGUUGAAUUAUUGUGAAAAUGGUGAAAUUUGCUCCGCAUUGCCACAGUCUCCAACAGGGGGCGCUUCACAUAACAUUUUAAAUACACAAACUCGGACAUGCACACUUGACAAACGUCAUCUAUGCCGACAAAUCAUACAGCGGUAUUUGAUUCAUUUCUUUGGCACAGAUUUUGAACCAUGUGUGAUACCACGAUGAAAUUUGGGUUACGUUAUUAAGGCAAUAAUCAAAUGGCAUUAUACAAUGGAUGCAGUGUACCAAAAUGUUCUCCACAUCGACACUACCUCAUAACGAUGUUGUCAAUAUUAAUAGAAUUUUCACCCUAUCAUUGUUUCUCAAUAGAACAUUAUUAAUUUAUCAUGUAAUGAAUUCCUUUCUUUUAGAUUUGAAAGGCACAUUUGUGGAAAAAAAAAAUGUAUGUGAAUCAGUUCGGUAGGGAACAUGAGAUUGAGCCCCCUAGCAAAAUGUAAAACAAAAAAUGAUUCUGGAAAAACGUAUAGGACUUAUAGUGUUUCUUUGUCCCUAAGCAUUUAAAUUGCAAAUUUCAUACUGUUGUGUUGAAAAGUCUACAAGAUAAUGCAGUUAUUAGUUUUUUGCUUCCUAAGGGGUGUCUUGUAUUUCAGAGAUAUUAUAAGGUUUUCAUUCAAAUUAUUAACAUCUAGCCUUUGGUUAUUUAAUUCUUUUUUUUUUAAGGAUGUGUUAACAUGCACUGCAAAUGUCUUUCAAAAGGUUCCUAUCAUUUCAAAUGUUAUAUCUUUUGAGCUCUUUGAUAAUGCUAUAUUAAUAUGUCAUAAUAAUUAUCUGUAUAUUU